AUGUUCAUGGGUGAUUUUAACACGUGUUUACUAAAAAAUGACUAUAAAUCUGUAAAACUCAACUCUCUCAUUACUUCAUCUAAUUUAAAUAUAUUACCUCUUUCGGCCACGCACUGUCUCCCAAAUCGUAACCCCUCUCUUCUCGAUUUAAUUAUUGUCUCCUCCACUGACCUUGUUGAAAAAUAUGGUCAGUGUAAUGCUCUUGCCUUUUCCUACCAUGACCUUAUCUACUUAUCGUAUAGACUACGACCACCAAAACCAAAAUCUAGGAUCCUUAUGCUGCGUAAUUUUGAUGGAAUCGACCAUGAUCGCUUGCAUGAAGAUGCCGUUAAAAUCGACUGGUCGGUGGUUCUCACUGCCGAUACAAUUGAUGAGCGUGUUACUACGUUUAACUCUCUUUUAACUAAUCUUUAUAACAUCCACGCUCCCAUCCGCCCAGUUCGCAUCAAACAUCUACCCGCACCCUGGCUAACCGAUGACAUCAGAGCUAUUCAACAUAGAAGAAACAUUGCGAAGGCUAAAUAUCGGGCAAACCCUAACGAAAAAAAUUUAGAAAAAUAUAAAAAAAUAAGAAAUCGUUGCAAUACAAUAUGCAGAGAUAAACGACGUCACCACAUUCACAAGCACGUGACCGAGGAAGUCGAUCCUUCUAAAGUCUGGAAAUUUCUACAAACGCUUGGAGUUGGUAAAGCUAAACAAAACAUCGAAUCCAAUAAAUUAGACUUCAAUCAGCUUAAUCAGCAUUUCUUAACUUCUGAUUCUAUUGAUGGAUCGAUCAAAUUAAAUACACUUUCACAAAUUUCAGCUACAUCCACUCCAACUUUCCCCUCAUUUACUUUCAGUCAGUUCACUGUACGUGAUGUUAAGAGGAAUAUUUUAGAAAUUAGCUCUAAUUCUGUUGGCGCUGACAGCAUAAGCCGUAAAAUGAUCAUGCUGAUUAUUGAUGUUGUAGCUCCUAUUAUUACAUCAAUCUUUAACUUUUCUAUCCAAUCCUGCUCCCUUCCAUCUCUGUGGAAAGAUGCUCAAAUUAUCCCUCUACCAAAAAAGCUGAAUCCCUCUAAUUAUUCUGACUAUCGUCCUAUAGCUAUUCUUCCCUUCCUUUCAAAAGUACUUGAGCGACUUAUUUACAAACAAAUGACUCCUUUUCUUCUUCAACACAACCUCUUCAAUCCUAUGCAAUCUGGUUUUCGGCAUGGUCAUAGUACGACUACUGCUUUAGUUAAAAUUACAGAUGACAUCAGAUUAGGUAUGGACAAUCAACUCGUCACAGUAUUAAUUUUACUUGAUUUCAAAGAACAACAACGUCGUAUAUCAAACUGGUUAGAUGAUGAAAAUAACGAUGUUUACGGUGGUAGUAAUGAUGAAGAUGGUGAAGGCGGUAUAUAUCCGGAUAAAAGGAGUAAGCAUAACACUGAUUCUGAGCAGAAAUGUGAAGAUGAAUCUACAGAAUAA